AUGGGUUGCCCCAAUAGACGAGAAUCUGAUCAAGCUGAUCCGUGCGUGAGCGACGCCUUGUUGAUUGCUACUAUGUGUAUCAUUGGUCUCCCUGUCGAUGUGCAUGUUAGGGAUGGCUCCGUCUACUCCGGAAUCUUCCACACUGCCUAUGGUGAUAAGGAAUAUGGGGUUGUGCUGAAACAGGCGAAGUUGACUAAGAAGGGAAACUGCAACGUAAAUGUGAGCGUUGGGGGUAUGGUAGAGACUCUUAUAAUCUUUUCCAGCGACCUUGUUCAAGUUGUUGCCAAGGGGGUUUUACACCCAGCAGAGGGCAUAAACUGUAAGCUUACAGAUUGCAACGUUGAAGCUGCUGUAACCAAUGGCUCUUCAGAGGUUUCAGUUAAGGAGGCAAAGCAAUCUGAAAUUUUCUCUGGGGAUAGGCAAAUAACUGAGCAAAGCAGACAGAUUGGAGAUGCAUUGGCUCUGGUGCCAGAGGGACAGUGCAAACAAAAGCUUGGGUUUCAAGCCAAAAAGAGUGGUGAUGAAAUUCAAUGCUCAGCCACAGCAUUGGGUUCCUUCCAUACAGAAGUCAGACCUCUUGAGGGUGGAUACCUAUCAACGAAAAUCUUGCCUAAUGGAGGGUGUCUAGAACCUACUCCUGCACUUGGUAAGCUAGCCAAUGGAUUCUGUGAUAGGCCUGCAUCUGCAGAUUCCACCUCUGCUAGUGGCACUUCUUCAGGGGUUUCUGUUGCUUCAGAUCCUGUGUCACGGCAUAAUUCCUUAACGACAUCUUCUGAUGUACCAUCUCCACAAAGUUCAGAAUCCAGUAAAAGCUCUAAGGAGUUUAAGCUCAAUCCUGGGGCCAAGAUUUUUUGUCCCUCUUUUGCAAGUUCUGCGUCAGCACCUUCUCCUGCAGUACCAGCACUUGGUGGAAUGGCUUACAUGCCAAGCAGCUCCCCCAUAUUACCUAUUCCUGCUCCUCAACCUGAAGUCAGCAUUGGCCCUUUUGCACCUCGGCCUUCUGUCCCUGCUAAGAUUUCUCCAUUUAGUAACUUGAUAGCUGGAAAUGGUGGCAACAACUCACAAUUUUCACAUCCUAUUGUUGGCCACAUGGGAAGCCGGACACCACCACUGAGAUAUGCUGGUCAGUAUCACACUAUACCUACUGGACCUGCAUAUGUGCCCCCAAAUUCUCCUCCUCUAAUGGUUGGACGGUUGGGGCAGCAGCUUGUCUAUGUGCAGCCAGUUGCCCAUGAUUUACUUCAGAGUACUGGAGGUAUGUCGCAGAUGCCAGUACGUCCCUUGAUUGGUCCUCACCAGGUUCAAUAUCCCAAACACCAAGGGAAUGCAGUAGUCAGUGGUCAGGGAAUGCCAAUCUGUAUGCCGCCUCCAUUUGUGGGUGGAGUGCAGCAACCAUUUACAAUGCCAGGCCACAUCCCACUCUUGCCACCUCCAAUCCCUGCAAAUCGUCACAUUCCUGUUCCAUCAUCCAACCCUCUCUUUGGCACCAAGUUCCCAUGA